AGUUGGUAUGGUCCGAGACAGUAUGGCUGCUGCAUUUCGGCCCUCGAAUCGAGUUCUCCUGCAGGCGCUGCAGAUUUUGGUGUAUCCUGGGGUGGGAGGCUCCGGCUCUGUCAGCUGCCGCUGCCCUCUCGGAGCUAAAAGAUACCUACUUACAGAUAAUGUGGUGAAAUUAAAAGAAUUUCAACAAAAGAAAGUGGCUGUUGCAUGUAAUCUUUCUGGCACUAAAGAAACGUAUUUUAGAAACUUGAAAAAGAAACUGACCCAGAACAAGCUCAUCUUGAAGGGGGAGUUGAUAACCUUACUACAUUUGUGUGAGUCCCGGGACCAUGUGGAACUGGCUAAAAAUGUCAUUUACAGGUACCAUGCAGAGAACAAAAAUUUCACUUUGGGGGAGUAUAAAUUUGGACCGCUUUUUGUGAGGUUGUGUUACGAGUUGGAUCUCGAGGAAUCUGCAGUGGAGCUCAUGAAAGACCAGCAUUUACGAGGUUUCUUCUCAGACUCCACAUCAUUCAAUAUUUUGAUGGAUAUGUUAUUUAUCAAAGGCAAAUAUAAAAGUGCUUUGCAAGUAUUGAUAGAGAUGAAAAACCAAGAUGUGAAGUUCACCAAAGAUACCUAUGUUCUUGCUUUUGCAAUUUGCUACAAACUGAAUAGCCCUGAGUCUUUCAAAAUCUGUACUACAUUAAGAGAAGAAGCUCUACUCAAAGGGGAAAUUCUCUCCAGGAGAGCAUCCUGUUUCGCUGUGGCAUUAGCUCUGAAUCAGAAUGAGAUGGCAAAAGCUAUGUCCAUUUUUUCUCAAAUCAUGAAUCCAGAAAGCAUAGCCUGCAUUAAUUUAAAUAUUAUAAUCCACAUCCAGUCAAAUAUGUUGGAAAACCUGAUAAAGACUCUAAAAAAUGCUGCAGAAGGAAAUUUAUCAAAAUUUGUGAGAAGACAUGUGUUCUCGGAGGAAGUGCUGGCCAAAGUGAGGGAAAAAGUGAAGGAUGUGCCUGCCCUUGUGGCCAAAUUUGAUGAGAUCUAUGGGACACUGCACAUCACUGGCCAGGUCACCACUGAUUCUUUGGAUGCUGUGCUCUGCCACACUCCCAGGGACAGGAAAUCUCACACGUUGCUAUUAAACAAGAGGAUGGUCAGCCGUCGCACCUUCCAGCCACUCAGCCAGUCCCUGUUGGCUGAGUAACCCUGGUUUCAGUCCACCUAUGGAUCUGAGGGGCCUGCUUCUAAUGAGUUAUUGCCUUUCCUAAGAAGCCAGGUAUCGCACUUCAGCAGACAGUGUGCUGACACUUGGUCUUCUCCUGAAAUUCCCAAAUUCACUGAAUGGUACCAUGCCGAUCUCUGAGAAGUUAUGUUGCACCACUGUGAAGGUCUAGAUGCAAGCUUGGCUCCCUCAGAAAGGCGCUUCCCUUUUGCAUGGCUGAGGAUCCUUGAAGGAACCUGGUCAGUCUCCAGUUCAGCUUCCGGCACCAGAGUGGAACCCAGUAAGCACCAUCAGGAAUGAAUUUCACUACAAGUGUGGAUAACUCUGAUUUUCAAAGGAGUAGUUACUUGCAAAUUACAUCCUUGCUGAAUUCAGGAGUUAGAAAACAGCCCAGGAUUUUCUCAUUGCUCUGCCAUCAUAUAUGUCUAUGACUUGAGCCCUUGUUUUUCCAUCUGCAAAACAAUAAUGCCUAUGUGUCUUUGCAUAUAGAUUUGAAAUCUUCAUUCAAGGUUUAGUAGGAUCAUAUUUUCUCAAAAAUAAGAGAAAUAAGGUUCAUAAGCAAACUUGAUGGGAUUGUGGUGGUUUUGUUUUCUCAGCAGCACAAACAAAACCAGAAUUUAGCCUUUAGGACUGCUGAGUAAGCCAAAUUUAAAUGACUACUGCUUUGUUCAUGGGUAAGCCAUGUGCUUUUCAAAAUAAGUGCCACUAAAAACCACAUAAUGCUUUGGUUUCUAUGUGGAUAAUAAAUAUUUAGUCCUAUAGU